AUGUCAUUGUCUUCACAAUCCGAUAGUAUUGAAGAGUCUAUGCUGAUGUUCGGUUCGAAGAACAGUAAUCAUGAUAAAGAUCCGUUGUUGCUGUUAUUGGGCUGUGGUGCUGCAGGACUUUGUGCUCUAAGACAUCUAACAAGCAGGCCAGAAUUGUACGAGGCUACAGGUUUGAAACAAUUGCCAGGAGUGGCGGUACUUGGAGGUACACGGAUACUGUUGGGACAUAUGACAAUGGUUGCCCGUACAGUUCCAGUAGCUUACAAAAAUUUAAGAACAAAUCUACCAAAAGAAGUGAUGGCAUUCCCUGGGUUUCCAUUUCCUAGUCACCUUCCAUCUUUUAUAAAACAUGAGGAGGUCUUGCAGUAUUUGAAGGAUUACUCUCAGUUUUAUAAACUAGAGAAAGCUAUCAUG